CCUGGGCGAAACGAGUCAAAGUGGGUGGAUCAUGGGCGGUUCAUUGAGUAGCAGUGGCAGAAAUAAAAAAAAUAUGAAGGGCGGUAUUACUAGGACCUUCCAGCGGCCGUUUACUCUCUGCAGCUCUGCGAGACUAAUGUAGAGUUCAACAUGGUUACCAGUAACGGAGAGGAAGAAACGGAGAACAUUAGAAACAAUUGAAUGUGGGAAUUCCGAUGUCAGCAUCACUGUUAUGAAGUGCGGCAUUCAAACGAUCCAGGAGUUCUCCUUGGGUAAGGCUGUUGUACGACGGACCCAAGUCUCAUUCUAGCCAUCCCAAAGUGCCAUGAGAAAGUUUGCGUACUGUAAGGUGGUCCUGGCCACCUCUUUGGUCUGGGUCCUGUUGGAUAUGUUCCUGCUGCUGUACUUCAGUGAAUGUAACAAAUGUGAAGAGAAGAAGGAGCGAGGCUUACCUGAUGGAGGAGAUGUAGUACACAAGCCUCAAGAAGGUCCAGGAGAAAUGGGAAAGCCAGUCUUGAUCCCCAAAGAAAAUCAAGAAAAAAUGAAAGAAAUGUUUAAAGUUAAUCAGUUUAAUUUAAUGGCAAGUGAUAUGAUAGCACUCAACAGAUCUUUACCAGAUGUCAGGUUGGAAGGGUGCAAAACAAAAGUUUAUCCUGAUGACAUGCCCCGGACAAGUGUGGUGAUAGUGUUUCAUAAUGAAGCCUGGAGUACGCUUCUCCGUACGGUACACAGUGUGAUAAAUCGAUCUCCGCGACAUCUGUUAGAGGAGAUUGUUCUGGUAGAUGAUGCUAGUGAAAGGGAUUUCUUGAAAAGACAACUUGAACAGUAUGUGAAGAAAUUAGAAGUGCCUAUCCGGGUGAUUAGGAUGGAACAACGUUCUGGACUCAUAAGAGCCAGACUGAGGGGUGCAGCAGCUUCCAAGGGACAGGUCAUCACUUUCUUAGAUGCCCACUGUGAAUGCACUAUGGGAUGGCUAGAACCAUUACUGGCACGGAUCAAACUGGACAGGAGAACUGUUGUGUGCCCAAUAAUAGAUGUAAUUAGCGAUGACACAUUUGAGUAUAUGGCUGGAUCUGAUAUGACAUAUGGAGGUUUUAACUGGAAACUGAAUUUCCGUUGGUAUCCAGUACCUCAAAGAGAAAUGGACAGAAGAAAAGGUGAUAGGACACUACCUGUACGGACACCUACAAUGGCAGGCGGUCUCUUCUCAAUUGACAGAGACUACUUUCAAGAAAUAGGAACUUAUGAUGCUGGUAUGGACAUCUGGGGAGGAGAAAACCUUGAAAUAUCUUUCAGAAUAUGGCAGUGUGGCGGCGUGUUGGAAAUUGUCACAUGCUCACAUGUUGGACAUGUAUUUCGUAAAGCUACCCCUUACACAUUCCCUGGUGGCACUGGACAGAUAAUAAACAAGAACAACAGGAGAUUGGCUGAGGUUUGGAUGGAUGAGUUCAAGAACUUUUUCUAUAUCAUAUCACCUGGUGUAACAAAGGUGGAAUAUGGAGAUGUUUCCCCUCGAAUGUCCCUAAGACAGAAAUUACAGUGCAAGCCCUUUUCUUGGUACUUGGAGAACGUGUAUCCAGAUUCACAAAUUCCACGCCAUUACUACUCCUUAGGAGAGAUCCGAAAUGUCGAUACCAACCAAUGUCUUGACAAUAUGGCUAGGAAAGAAAAUGAGAAAGUGGGAAUCUUUAAUUGUCACGGCAUGGGUGGCAACCAGGUGUUUUCUUACACUGCCAACAAAGAAAUUCGAACAGAUGAUUUAUGUUUAGAUGUUUCCAAACUCAAUGGGCCUGUUAUGAUGCUCAAGUGCCAUCAUCUCAAGGGCAAUCAGCUCUGGGAGUACGAUCCUGUGAAGCUGACCUUGAUACAUGUAAACAGUAACCAGUGCUUGGAUAAAGCUACAGAAGAAGACAACCAGGUGCCAUCCAUAAGAGACUGCAGUGGAAGCCGCUCUCAGCAGUGGCUUCUUCGUAAUGUCACCCUCCCAGAAAUAUUUUAAGUUGUUUAAAACCAGGACCGACUGGGCUACCUCGGCACAAUUUUCUGCCACAAUCCCCUUAAAAUAAGGAAAUUUAAUGAAAUAGCUCUACGGUGUCCCAGCUCCAGGAACUAUGGGCUCCGUCCUGAAGGACUUGUUUAAUUAUUGGGGACAGGAGCGUUGUGCACAAUUUUGAAACAACAGACUUUGAAAUGAAACUGCACUCACUGAUGUUUACAAGCUUGAAAAGUCUGGUAUCAUUUUACAAGAUGUUUGGCAGAUUGAUACAUAAUCAAUACAAUAUGCUCUCUGGAGAGCAACAUAUCAUCAUAGGCUUGCACAUCAGUAUCUUUGUCUGGAAGUGCUAUCGCAUUAACGAGGUCUGUGGAACUUAUUUGUUGUUCUUGGUUAGUUUUGACUACCAGCACAGUUAUCAGUCUAGAAGAUGCAGAGUGAGAAGCUGGACAAUUGCAAUGGCUUCUGUUUAAACAAAACAAAAAAAAAAGGUUUUCAUAUGAGAAAACAUAUUUAAACAGGGUUUAAAUGACAGUACAAUUUAAAAAAAAAAGAAUUUGUUAUAGUAAAUAUAAAUUUUUAUGUGGCUUUUAUACCUCGGUGGGGAAAAGUAACCAGUUCUAAAAUACAUUCUCUAACUUUUUCAGUUGUAUUUCACACAAAAUGGUUUUGAGUUCAUGUAUUUGUUUUUUUGUUUUUGUUUUUUUACCAAACUUGGUAGUUUUGCAGCCAUUGUAAACUAGGAACUGCACUUACCUGACUGUCACUGUCCUGUUUACUUUUUUGUUUUGUUUAUUUUGGAUUUUUUUAACUCUGCUGUUGUGUUUGGGCUGAUGGAGCCUGCAGUAUGUUAUAUUCUUGGUAGAAAAAAAGAACAUUUGUCUUAACACUGCUAAAAAGCUGUUGUUUUACCCAAGAUUGCCAUUACAGUCAGCAAGCUAGCUUCUGAACAUCAGUGUUGAUUAAAAUGGUAAUGGUGGCAUAUUUGAUUUGGUAAAUUAUCUUGUCUGAUUCAUCUUGGAGCCUGUGGCUCCAACUACUGUACUAUGGAUUUAUUUUCAUAGCAAUAAAUCUUUGUUUCUUUCCUGAACAACCUGCUCUCGUCACAAUACCUUUUAGGUAACAAGGUGGUGGACACCCUUAAGUUUUAUUCAGAGAGAGAGAGAGAAACAAAACUAAAACCUUUUCACUCCAUCAUUAGACCUGCUUCUUUGUCAGUUUGCAUAUUUAGACUAGGUUCUGAAAAUGUAAUUGAUCAGCUAUGUUUUUCUAAUAAAAAAACAAAAGGAAAACACA